AAUUUCUUUGCCUCUCUUUCUUUUCACUUUUCGUUUCCUUCGCUAAACAAUUCUUCUCUAAAUACACAGUAUAAACAAAUAUAAUUUGCAUAUUGAAAUAAAAACAAAACCUACAAUACGUCUUUUCCUUUACAAGUAAGUAUAUACACAAGGAAAUAUACAUACACGCACAUAUAUAGAACGUACACUUUUCUAUAAUCAACAUUUUCACAUAAUUACACACCAAAUAUCCAUUGAUUUACAUACAUACAUAUUUACAUACAUACACACAUAUGUCUAUAUAUAUAUAUAUUUACAUACAGACACAUACAUACAUAAAUACAUAAUGCAUACAUAAAUACAUCUUUGUCAUAGACAAGAACACAAUAUUGCUACAUACAUUUUAUUUGGUGGGAGAGAAUUUUCUCCCACCACGAGGUCCCCACCCACCCAAAAAACCUCGUGUCACUUGCCCCUAACCAGCAGCGGGGGAGUUUGUCGGAAUCCUGCGAACUCUUUAAAUCAAGGUUACCCGUCCAGGCGAGGGAAAGUUGUCGCGAUAUGGCCAAGUCUCCCACAUUAAGUGUCGUUGUCAAUUCCUCAGACAGUCUCUCACCUUCAAUAAAUAGUAGCAGCGAUGGUUUGUUUCUUCCCGUGGCCUCUAGUCCAUUGUCUGUACCCCCGAUCGCCAUGCAAGAGUCCUCAUCAGCAAUCACCACACCAAUGGGAGGGAGCACGACCAACCUUCCAGGCGUCAGCCUUGGACUAUCUCCGACAGUUUUUAAGGAAUUCGACCAUGUAUCAAAUAACAACAACGACGUCCUGCCGUCGUCCAAGUCGCCCGGUACGGGUAGCCCUGGAAAUACGACGACGACGACGACGACGACGACGACCAGCACCACCACAAGUACCACCACCACCGCCACCACAACCACCACCACAGCCACCACCCCAGCUGCUAUCAACGUGAACAACCCGACCGUUACCACGGCUACCGGGCCUGCCAGUACCACUACACCCACACAAGGAUCAGUGCAAUCAAAUAUCGGUGCAAGACCCCCUUAUCUAUUAGUCGGUGGUGGCGGAAUCGGUGGUGGAGGGGGCGGUAUCGGUGUCGGCGUUGGUGGCUUCGGCAGUGGUGGUGGUGGUGGUGGUAUUGGUGGUGGUGGUGGUGUCGGAGAUAGUGGCUACAACCCCGGUGGCGGCAACGUUGGCGGUAUUCUUAGUGUUGGUGGGGGUGGGGGUGGGGGUGUUCAUGGUGGUGGCGGUAGCAUUGGCAGCGUCGGCAGUGGUGGUGGUAGUAGUAGUAGUAGUGGCAGUGGAGGUCUAGUGGUUGUUGUCGGAGGUUCUCCGGCAACGGAGUUAGUGGUACCUCCUGCUCAGUCAACAACACCAGUGACAGCCACCAUACCUUCGCCGCAUUUUCAGCGGUCGGAUUCAGUUAAGUUCCGACCACCACCAAGUAGUGGCGCGCCCCGCUCGCCUCAUCAACCAAUCGGACAUUCCACGCCCCCCCGAGCUUCUCGCCGUGUUCCGAGUUUGAAAUUAAAGCGGCUGAAUGUAGCAGCGGCAGCCAGAGCGGAGAGAACAGAAAAGACAGAAGCUACUAUGCCAUGCUUACCGCAAAGCAACCCUAACCCUUCAAUAACUAUAACUAUAGACUCAGAUGAUGAAUCGGUCUAUAGUGACUACCUCAGUCCCGAAAUUAAUUACAAGAGUGAUGCUCGGGUACAGUUCAUAGGGGACGAUACAAGUUUGUAUGGAACACCUAAAGAAGAGCUUUUACCGUGCCGUGAGGAAAACGUUACCGUUGAAAACAGUAAGUCUAGUCCGACUAGUUUUCUAAAAGACCAGAUCUACUCAUUCUUCCAGCCAUCGGAUAACAAAUUAGCUAUGAAGCUUUUCGGAAACAAAAAUGCACUCUAUAAAGAGAAGAUGCGUCACAAGAGGGUCGGCAACUGGGUUAUACACCCGUGCAGCAACUUUAGGUUUUAUUGGGACCUCUUCAUGUUGGUCUUGCUUAUUGCAAAUCUUAUAAUUUUACCCGUAGCAAUAUCAUUUUUUAACGAUGAUCUCAGCACACACUGGAUAGUAUUCAACUGUAUAUCAGACACAGUCUUCUUUCUAGAUAUAAUCAUCAAUUUUAGAACAGGUGUCAUCACAAAUGAUUUUGCAGAUGAAAUCAUAUUAGAUCCAAAACUCAUAGCCAAACAUUAUAUAAGAACAUGGUUUUUCUUGGACCUCAUAAGCUCAAUUCCAAUGGACUAUAUCUUUCUCAUGUGGGACACUGAGGCUAACUUCAAUCAAUUGUUCCAUGCAGGUACGCGAAUGGAUGUAUCCCAAUACUGGCAAGUGGAUCUUACCUAUGUGUGGUCUCUCUUCAAUUGGGGCAGAGCAUUACGCAUGUUGAGACUAGCCAAGUUGCUAAGCCUUCUCAGGUUGCUACGGCUUUCCCGGUUGGUCAGAUAUGUACAGCAAUGGGAAGAGAUGCUGAGGACGACAGCCGUGUGGAAGAUGGAGGGUCAAACAACACCUACGUACAGUGUGUAUUAUCUUGCAAACAUUUGUCAGGACAAGAACAACGGAAACACUCGGAGAAAAAAAUUCUUAGCGCUGGCUGGCAAGUUUAUGCGAAUAUUUAACUUGAUAUGCCUGAUGUUCCUGCUUGGUCACUGGAACGGUUGCCUGCAGUUCCUCGUGCCCAUGUUGCAAGAUUUCCCCAAAGAUUGUUGGGUGUCCAUUGAAGAAUUGCAGGAAGCACAUUGGGCUGAGCAAUAUACUUGGGCUCUUUUCAAGGCUUUAUCACACAUGCUGUGUAUAGGGUAUGGCCGGUUUCCACCGCAGAAUAUGACUGAUACCUGGCUCACAAUUCUUAGUAUGCUUAGUGGCGCCACCUGCUACGCACUAUUCCUAGGUCACACGACAACACUUAUACAGUCUUUUGACACAUCAAGACGACUCUACAACGAAAAGUUUAAACAAGUAGAGGAAUAUAUGGUGUGUCGCAAACUGCCUCGAACACUCCGUCAGCGUAUUUCCGAUUAUUAUGAACAUCGGUUCCAAGGGAAAAUGUUUGAUGAAGAUACCAUCCUUGGUGAAUUAAACGAAUGCUUACGGCAGGAAGUUAUAAACCACAACUGCAGAUCUUUGGUUGCUUCAGUACCAUUCUUUACAAACGCAGAUCCACAGUUUGUUUCUGAGGUAGUCAGUAAGCUCAAAUAUGAAGUGUUUCAGCCUGGUGACUAUAUAAUACGAGAAGGAACAAUUGGGACGAAGAUGUAUUUUAUACAAGAGGGAAUAGUUGAUAUUAUAACAAAGGAAGGUGAAGUUGCUACGAGCCUCUCGGACGGAUCUUAUUUUGGCGAAAUUUGUCUUCUUACUAAUGCGAAACGUGUGGCAAGUGUUCGAUCUGAAACUUAUGUGAAUUUAUAUUCACUAUCAGUAGAACACUUCAAUGCAGUCCUCGACAACUACCCAGUAAUGAGACGAACGAUGGAAAGUGUAGCUGCCGAGAGACUAUCAAAGAUUGGCAAAAAUCCUAGUAUUGUCAGCAGUCGUGCUGAUUUGGAAGAGGAUCAAAAAUUAGUUAAUGAGAUUGUCAUGGAGUCUACCCCCAUUCCCACCAGUGCUAGCGAAGAUGAAGAUAGAGAAUCUGAUGACAGUUAUGAAACGAAACCUAAAAAGAAAUUCAAGUUUGAUUUUCCUCUAACUCUUCAGAAAAUAACUGAAGAGCGAAAGUCAAAGUCAAAAGAGAACCUUGCUAGAAUGGCUGGUGAUGAUAGGGACGACUAUAGGCCAUCAAAUAUCUUUAGCAGGUUACCCAAAGUGCAUUCUGGGUCAAAUCUUUUUGGUUUAAGAGUUCCCCAAAUGCCUGAUCGUAAAAGAACUGGUAGUUGCGGAGAUGUGUUAGGAAUCAUCAGUGAAACGAACAAGGACAUUAAAGAAUCAAAGGAUGAAAAGAUGUCUCCAGAAAAGAAAAUGAAGGAUGAUAAAGAGAAAGAAGAUAAGGAAGAGAAAGAAAAAGAUAAGACAAAAGAAAAAGAACACGAGAAAGAAUCGGAAAAGGAGAAAGAGUCAGAGAAAGAGAAGGAGGAGAAAGAGAAAGACAAAGACAAGGAAAAACAUCAGUACCACCAUCACCACCAUCAUUCCAUUGUGAAAGAUGAUAAAUGUCGUGAACGUAAACCAAUUCUAAAGCAAACUUCUCAAGAAGACAAGAAAGAGCACUGUUCUACCGAUGAAGAUGGUAAUAAUGAGAGAAAAAAACCAAGUUAUUUGGAAAAAAAGUUAAAAUUAACUGAUGGGUCAAGUCGAGAUCACAAAGCUCGCAAAUAUAGAGAACGUAAGACUCCAAGUCUGGAUGAAAGGUCAGUGACUUUUGAAAGCAGACCUGGUAUGCAAUAUUUGAAACUUCCUGGAGACUCUGGAGUUUCUUCUGAUAAAAGCAAAGGAAAAGUAUCUGAAUUAUCAAAAGAGCAAAGACCUAGAUCAAAGAGUGUAGAUAUUAAAUGUAAAACGCUGGACCAAAAAACUGAGAAAAAGGAUGAUAAAGAAAAAGAGAAAGAUGACAAAGAAAAAGAAAAAGAAAAAGAGCAGGACAAAUCAGAAAAAUUAGAAAAAUCUUCAAAUGGUAAAUUUCAGGAGAGUAAGACAGAAAAGACUAAUGUUGAAAAAUCUUCUGAUGAGAAAACAGAAAAAUCAGCAACGAAGGCAAAACCAGCAGCACCGGUCAGUGAACAGAGAACUGGCAGGAUAAGUCCCAGUAAAGCAAAACCAAUUACUGGUGAAGUUAAAGUAGAAAAACCAACUAUAGGAAAAUUAAUAACCUUAGAUAUUAAGAAACCUGGUGAAGAAUAUCCAGAUUCUAAAGAAUCUCCUGUUUAGAAUGUGAAAAAAAUAUAUAGCAAUAUCAUCUGAUUUACCCAUUUUCAUCAGGGUAUUUACAUCUGUUUUUUUUUCAUUUUUGUUACUUUUGUUUUAUUUUUUAUUUUUAAAUAACGUCACCAUUUUAAAAUCAUGUGAUGUAAGCUACAGCUAUGUAACUUAAAAACAAAGUUAGCAUCUUGCUGUAGUUUGUGAUAAUUGAAAAGGUUUCUCUCUAGACACGACUGAUUGAUGUUCCAUUCAAACCUUCUCGUCUUUAAGGUGGUCAGUAACUUAGAAUAAAACAAAAAAGAAAAAUGAAAAAAAAAGCUAGCAAUUUUUUUAUUUUUUUGCUGACUAAGCACUCUUCAGGAAUGUUGGUAAAUGACUACCAAAGUACCAUUCUAUAUAGCAAUGGUAAAGUGGGAGUAAAAAUAUACAAUACAACAACCUAUUGAAGAAGGUGUGGGAGUGUAAAGAAAAGAAGACAUAAAAUAUGUUUUACAAGCCCAGGGAACUGUAAAAGUGCCUGUAUUGGAUAGAUUACAAUAACUUAUGACUGAAUGGGUCGUCUUUUGAUGAUAACAGUUAUUCAAAGAUUGUACAAAAAAACUAAAAGAAAACAAAAAACAAACCGAAAAUUUUGAAAAACAAAAAUCCUAGUUCUUAUAGAUUAGCCUAAGUAGCGCCUCGCUAUGCAAAUUAUUUUGUAGGUAACCAUGGUGCUUUGUGGACAACGACUGCGGAUAAAAUUAGUGGUUGACAAAUUUUGUUGAAAGGUGUCUUUACGGGGCACUCAGGUGUAUAUAUUUAAAGGUCCCUUGUAUUUUUAGUCUUGGGGGAUCUUUUGGUUGUUUUCGUUUGAUUUUUUAAAAAAUAUUUCUAUAAGUUAAUAUUCUGCCAUGGUCUUCACACUAUUUUUUGGGGUGUAGGUUUUUGGUAUGAGUCGGCGCCUAAUUAAGGUUUUUGUCUGGUUCUUGAAAAACCAAACCAAUGUACAGCUCAAAUUGGGUUUAGUAAAUUACUUUUAGAAUUAACCUUGUGUCAGAAGCCCACAUUUCGCACUGGAUGUGAAUGUAGUUUUCCUUCGCCCUCAAGAAAACGAACAAAAAAAAUAUAUAAGUAUCAUGUAAAGUAGUUCUUUACGUGUUAUUAGCUUGAAAUAAAAGUAUCCGCAACCACACGUUGAUAAAAUAUGAAGAAACAUACUUCAAACAUUGUUCUUCUUUUCUUUCAUUGAUGUAUUUUCUUUUUAUUAUUAUUAUUAUUAUUAUUAUUAUUAUUAUUAUUAUUAUUAUUAUUAUUAUUGGGAGGGUAGUAAUUUUUGUUUUAAGUUUCAUUAUUUAUUUUUAGUUUUUUUUUUUUUUUUACAAUGUACAUUUUUGGGUUACUUUUUUAUGUUAUGUUUGUGUAGCCUUACACUUUUUUCUAAAGUUGAGCCCUGCUAAUGAUGAAACAGAACAGAACAGAGAUCCUAGACAGACCGUUUGCAGUUUAUUGAGUAAUUGUUGAGUUUUAAUGAAGAAUAACUAAGCUGAAUGAAGAUGUAGAUAUGUACAAAGAUAUCUUUCUAAAUAUCGAUUUAUUUUUGAUAAUUCCAAAGUACAACAAAUUAUGUAAUGCCUCUUAUUGUUAUGUAUCAAGUAUUGUAGAGUUUCAUUUUGGUAUCACUACUACAAUAACAUGAUUAUUACUAAUAUUAUUAUUACUGCCCUAGUAAUUGCAGUUCACAUUUUCACACCAAAAUGUCCCAUAUCUCUCUUUUAGGAAUAAAAGAAAAAAAAGAAAAAAACUUAAAAAAUAACAUUUUCAGUUUGUCACAUUAUAAUAGCUUGUCACAUUCUAAUAGUUUAUCACAUAAUAAUAGCUUGUCACAAUCUAAUAGUUUGUCACAUUCUAAUAGCUUGUCAUAUGAUGAUAGUUUAUCACAUUUCCUCACCGCAUAAUUAUUUCUAGUUAUUUUUUAAACAUGCCCCGCAUUGUUUUUCAUGCAGGUGGCAUCUCUGAGAAAUUUAUUCUCUAAGCAAUUCUAGUUCCCUAUGCCAAACAAUGUACAGUCUUGUACAUUUACUUAGUGAUUUUUUUCCAUUACUACUUUGGUGAAUAUAGUGAAGUUUACGCUUUGCUGAUGAGGUCAUAAUAAGGCCAAAACAUGUUCAGAGUUGUAUCUAUACUUACUGAAAUAAUUAAAAUAAUAUUAGUUAAUGUCUAAUAUUGUUUUUUCCUCACUGCAUAAUUAUUUCUAGUUCAUUUUUAAUGCUUUGGGCAUUAAAUAUGUUAACACGAACACUUUUAUUUUUGUGUAGAUGGAGUCUCUGAAUAAUUUAUUCUUUAAACAAAAUUCUAGUUUCCCAUGCCAAUCAGUGUACAUUUUUGUACGUUUACUUAGUGAUUCUUCCACCACUACUACAGCAAGUACUGUGAAGUCUAUACUUUGCUGGUAAGGUCAUAAUAAGAGUAAAACAUGUCUAAAGUUGUCUCCUGUACUGGCUGAAAUAACUAAAAUCAUAUUAGUCAUUGACUAAUAUUGUUUUUCCUCACUACUAAUUAUUUAUAGUUAGCUUUGUAAUGCUCCCUGCAUUAAGUAUGUUAACAAUAACUGAACACAUUAUGAUAAUUUGCAUUUAAUAUUCUGUUUAGGAUAAGAAUAAUUCUAUUUUCCAGAUUAUAAUUAUUUAUCCCCUCUCUCUGACUGUCUUUCUCUCUCUCCCUCUCUCCCUCUCUCUCUGUUUGUCUAUCUGUCUCUGUCUGUCUCUCUGUCUCUUUUCCCCCUCUCUUUCUCUCUCUCUCUCUCUCUCUCUCUCUCUCUCUCUCUCUCUCUCUCUCUCUCUCUCUCUCUCUCUCUUUCUUCACUCAGUCUCUAUUUUACUUUCUCUCUCCCCCUUUUGUCUUCUCUGCCUCAUUCUCAUAAUCUGUCUGUCCAUGUGUCAGUCUCUGUCUGUCUCUUCCUUCCACUUCUCUUCUCUGUGUUCAGGUGUUCCACUCACUCAGUCACUCACUCUCAUUUCUCAUUAGAUCUACACCUUUCUUUAUUUUUUUUUCCGUUCAUGACUAUGCUUUAUCUUCAUAAGAAACAUGUAGAUGAACAACAUUGCAAACAUUUUGGAUGUAAGUCAAUAAAAAGAAAAAACUCUGAAAACGAAACUGCAUACUUUUUGUAUUUAGUAGACAAACUCCUUAACUCGAUUAAUUAUCUUUAAUUGGAUCAACAGAUAACCCUUUAAACACUAUAAUUUUAAGUAAUCUGAGAUUUCUUUCAGAAGUAUCACCAGUGAUCCAAUUUACCCCAUGUUGUAACAAUAAAACUCAUUUUAUUUGA